CGGUAGUGCUCUAGUUAUCCAGGCGGAACUCUACAAGUCGAGGUUCAUGUUUCUGACGGACGUUUUACGGAGACGUGUCAGGUCAGGAGCGACAGCAGAAGACAGACAGCAGCAGAAACAUGAAUGUGAACCAGGGGACUGUGGGCAGCGACCCGGUCAUUCUGGCCACGGCUGGAUACGACCACACCGUGCGGUUCUGGCAGGCCCACAGCGGGAUCUGUACCAGGACGGUCCAGCACCAGGACUCCCAAGUGAAUUCUCUCGAGGUCACACCUGACCGGGGUAUGAUUGCUGCUGCAGGCUACCAACAUAUACGCAUGUACGACCUGAACUCCAACAACCCAAACCCUGUGAUGAACUAUGACGGAGUCAGCAAGAACAUAACGUCUGUGGGCUUUCAUGAGGACGGACGUUGGAUGUACACAGGAGGAGAAGACUGCAUGGCUCGUAUAUGGGACCUAAGGUCAAGAAACCUUCAGUGUCAGAGGAUCUUUCAAGUGAACGCUCCUAUCAACUGUGUGUGUCUGCAUCCCAACCAGGCUGAGUUGAUUGUUGGAGACCAGAGUGGGGUCAUUCAUGUCUGGGAUCUGAAAACGGAUCACAACGAGCAGCUGAUUCCAGAACCGGAGGUUUCAGUCAACUCUGUUCACAUUGACCCAGACGCCAGUUAUAUGGCUGCAGUCAACAGCUCGGGUAACUGUUAUGUUUGGAACCUAGCUGGAGGCAUGGGAGAUGAAGUGACCCAGCUUAUUCCCAAGACUAAGAUCCCAGCACACAAGCGCUACUCCCUGCGCUGCAAGUUCAGCCCAGACUCCACACUUCUGGCUACCUGCUCAGCAGACCAGACCUGUAAGAUCUGGAGGACGUCUAAUUUCUCACUCAUGACGGAGCUGAGCAUCAAGAGCAACAAUCCAGGAGAGACGUCGAGGGGCUGGAUGUGGGAUUGUGCUUUCUCAGGAGACUCCCAGUACAUAGUUACUGCGUCUUCAGACAAUCUGGCUCGCCUGUGGUGCGUGGAGACCGGCGAGAUCAAGAGGGAGUACAGCGGCCACCAGAAGGCCGUGGUGUGUCUGGCCUUCAAUGACAGCGUGCUCGGCUGAGGAGUGAGUGGAGGUGAACCUCUGAGAGUGGAUGGGACAGUCACCAGGCUCCUUUAAGGUUGGGCCUCAGUGUGGAGAUGAUUGGUGGAAAUGAUUUGAAGCUUCCCUGAGGAGGCGGCUGCAGGUAUUUAGUAAAGUAACGCAGGACAAGCUGAACAUUUCCCAAGUUAAGGUCCAUCUUUACAGCCAAGACUCAACGUUCAAUCAGCAGGAAACUUCAACAGGACUCAGUUCACCAUUAUGUAUUUAUUUACUGGAAGGAACCUAAAUAUUGACCAUAAUUGUACAUUCAGAGGUGCUGUAGAACAAGUCCUCUUUAACCUUUUCAUAUUUCGUCAUGUUAAGCAAACCUCAGUGAACUUUAUUGGGACGUAAUGUGAUAAAGUGGAAAGAGUAGAGAAUAACUGGAAGAAGAAGGUAAAUAUAAUUAGGAAACAAUUAUUGAAUUAGUAUUGAGCCGCCUAGAGCAAGUCUUUUCAGUAGGUCUCCAGCUUUCCUCAUCUGAAGAAUGUAGUUAUGUUUUAAGGAAAACCCUCCAUUGUAUCUCAGGCUGGAUGUUCAGGGUGGUUCUCCUGCUAGAAGAUGAACCUCCACCAGUCUCAGAUCUUCUGCAGACUCUAACAGGUUUACGUCCAGGAUGAUCCUGGGUUUAGCUCCAUCCAUCUUCCCAUCAACUCUGACCAGCUUCACAGUCCCUCAGCAUGAUGCACCAUGGUGUGAAUAGUGUGUGCAAGGGGAUGGGUGUAAAUACUUAUUCUCUUUCACACAUGAGGGGCCUUUAAAGCAAUUGGUUGCUCUGGGUUUUAUUUAGAAGUAUCAGAGUAAAGAGGCUGAAUACAAUGCAUGCUACACUUUUCAGUUUUUUAUUUGUAAAAAUGUUAAACCAUGUAUCUUUACAGUUACGCAUUACGUUGUGUUGAUCUAUUGCAUAAAAUCCCAACAAACUACAUUAAAGUUUGUAACUUGAUAACA